UUACCGAAUUAUAUCAAUAUUAUAUAUAAACAAUACAGCAUGGCGGCAGAGUUGGAAUUUAUUUUUGGUCGACUUCUUGUUCCUAACAACACUGUCAUUAAACAGGCUACUAACGAGUUACGAGCUUUUUUCCAACUUGCAACCGAAGAAAUUGUUCCAGUUCUUGUGACAGUACUGAGAUCUUCUCAAAGUCCUCAGGCUCGUCAGUACGCAGCUAUAUUAUUGAGACGUCGAGUGAUAAAGCAAUGGACCAAACUUAGUGAACAACUUCAGACUUUGUUAAAACAAACUGUAUUGGAAGUCCUUGUUAGUGAAAGAGAAAAUCUUGUGCGGCAGUCAACAGCACAAAUUAUUGGUGGGAUAGCAAAGCAUGAAUUAGGCAAUGGACAAUGGCCUGAAUUGUUUCAAUUUAUUGAAGAAUGUAUGAGAGAAACUCAAGCUGAGCAUUAUGAGAUUGCUGUAUAUGUACUGAGUAUUGUGACUGAAACAGCUGGUGAAGAGCUGCGACCUCACUUCCCUUCAUUGUUUCAACUUUUCUCCAAAACAUUGGAGGAACAUAAAAACCCAAAUAUUCCUUAUUUUACAGUGAGAGCAAUCACACAGUUGGUGAUUUUUCUUGGAGAGGAUGAAAUAAAAUUUCUUAGGCCUCUCAUUCCAAAGAUUGUUAACACCAUUAGGAUUUUUUUAACAAUUGAUGAGGACAAAGCUUGUGAAUGUAUGGAUGUGUUUGACGAGCUGGUUGAGUCCGAGGUCAGCAUUGUAGUUCCACAUAUCAAAUCUCUUGUUGACUUCUGUUUACAAAUUGCAAUGAACACUGGACUGAGCGACAGCAGUCGCGUCAAAGCUUUACAUUUCAUUGGUUGGUUGAUCCGCGUCAAGUCCAAAGUUAUCAUCAGACAUAAAUUACUCUCUGCCAUUCUUACUGUCAUCUUUGCAAUGAUGGCAACGCAUGGUGAAGAAGAUGGUAAUUGUGAAGGAUGUGAAGACGAAACAGAAAGUCUUCCUGAAGCUGAAGAUAGCCGUCCUAAUGCAGUAGCCGCACAGGUUUUGGAUGUCCUUGCUCUUCAUAUGCCUCCAGAGAAGCUCUUUCCUCCACUGAUGCAACUGAUUGAGCCUGCAUUAUCGCAUUCCAAUCCUUAUCAACGUAAAGCGGCCAUCGUUUCAUUGGCUGUUCUUUCUGAAGGUUGUGCCGACUAUAUUAAAAAUAGACAUCUUGAAACUACUCUUCAUAUUGUAUGUCAAGCUUUAUCUGAUCAAAAUGACGUCGUACGAAAUGCAGCGUUGUUUGCUCUUGGACAGUUUGCUGAACAUCUACAGCCAGAUAUAAGUAAAUUUUCGUCAAGUAUUCUUCCUUUAUUAUUCAACUAUCUUGGUGAAAUCAAAGGAAAAUGUGAUGCACCCGGUGUAACAAGAACUUUCUACGCUUUGGAAACAUUUUGUGAGAAUUUAGGCGAAGGAAUUUUGCCGUAUUUACCUGUGUUGAUGGAGCGAAUGAUUGAAACACUUACAAUGUCACAGUCAGAGCGAAUGAAGGGAUUGGCGAUCAGUGCAAUUGGUGCUGCAGCAAAUGCGUCCGGGAGAGAGAUGCUUCCCUAUUUUUCAAAAGUGGUUGAAAUUGUCAAGGAAUAUAUCUGCAAUCCAGAAUUUGAUGGCGCUCAAAUCCAAGCGCAAUGUUUAGAUACUAUUGGGAUGUUGGCACGAGUCAUUGGUGGAGAAAACUUCUAUCCUAUAGCUGGUGAAUGGAUUAGUAUUAGUCUGGAUUUACUAAAGAGAACAAAUGACCCAGACGCACGCAGAUGUGUAUACGGUUUGUUUGCUUCGUUAUCGACAUUUAUGAAACAGGAAAUGGCUGGUUAUCUUCAGGCUAUAUUGAAAUUUAUGGUUGAAACUCUUCAGUCGACUGAAGGCAUUGUGACACAUUAUAACGAUAAUGAAGAUCCUCCAUUUUUGAUCGAUGAAAAUAUUGAUGAUGAAACAGGAGAAGACAGUGAUGACGAUUCCGUGGUUGGGUAUUCUGUCGAGAAUGCGUAUUUAGAUGAAAAGGAAGAUGCAUGCAACGCCAUCGGAGAGAUUGCUGAGAAUACAAAUGCAGUGUUUCUUCCUUAUAUGGAUGAGAUAAUCAGUGAGGUUUUCAAACUGGUACAACAUCCUCACACAGGCAUUCGUAAAGGUUCAUUGACAGCGAUGUGUCAACUGUGUUGCACUCUUUAUUCUGUGUUGAAUAACAAUAACGAGGACAAAACUUUCUUGAACAAUGUCGUCAAUAAUUAUGUAUCAAUACUGACGAUGACUGUCGACAAGGACAAGGAAAAGACUGUUGUCAUGGUAGCUCUGUCAAGCCUAGAGAAAAUGUUAAAGGAUAUGAAACAUGAUGUUUUACAACACGAUGUUGAGAACUACGAACAAAUUUGUAGCGCAAUUAAAAACGUUCUUAUGUUUAAGACGCAUUGUCAAGACAACGAUGAUGACGAAAUAGAAGGCGAAGAACAGGAAUUAGCCGAACUUGAUGGGUCACUCUUAGAGCAUGCUGGUGACGUCGUACCUCAGCUAGCUGCUGCGGUUCCUGGGCCCGAGUUUGUAGCAUAUUUUGCUAGUAUAUUGCCUUGGUUUUUGAAACGUACGAAAUCUUCUGCCUCGGUUGCGGAUAAGUCGUUUUCUGUUGGCACACUAGCUGAGAUCAUUGAAGCAAUGAAGUCACGCAUUAUACCGUUCGUUCCCCAUAUUUAUCCCGAAUUAAUGACACUCCUAAAUGACGAUGAAUCAGAGGUUCGAGGGAAUUCGAUCUACGCCCUCGGCUUAUUAUCUUCCUUUGGUGGUGAAGCUAUUUAUAUUCGCUAUCCGAAGAUUUUAGAGGCUCUAUUCUUCCUCUUGAAACGUGAAAAAGAACCUCGCAACAUAGAUAAUAUUUGUGCCGCCGUUUGUCGAAUGAUUUUUACAAACAUCAGCAUGAUACCCAUGGAACAGACUUUUCCUGUAGUAAUUCAAUGCCUUCCACUCAAGGCAGACUUUGAAGAAAACGCAACUGUUUAUUCAUGUAUUGUGCAGUUAUUUCACAGUAAUCAUCCACAGGUCAUGGAAAAUCUUAUGUCACUUAUCAAAAUCAUCGGUUCAGUUAUACAGAGCUCGACCAUUACUGAAGAAACUCGACAAUCGCUGUCACAAAUGGCUCAUAUUAUUAGACAGCGAAAUCCACAGGAGUUUGAUUCAGUUUUGAUGUCAUUGUGUCCAGAACAUGUCGCUGGCACACUUGACAUCUUAUCAAAGAUACCAUCUUAAAGGUGUGUACUGAACAAAGAAGGAACCUUGAUGUACAUUCCGGUAUUUCAAAGUAGAUGUGAGUGGAUAACAAGGUGUGCUGGCCAGCACGAAGUGAAUGUAUUCGAUCUAUUUCGUGUAAAAUAAAACAAAUUAUAGAAAAUUUAAACAAUUGCAAAUAGGGCUCUAGGAUAUUGCUCAAUUGAACCAAAAACGCUAAUACAAAAUCCAAAAAAGGAUGUAAAAAUAUAAGUGAAGUAUCAUUUUCCGAAAUUAAUUGUGUGGCAAUAAAUAUACUUUACUUUGUUCACUAUAUUAAACAUUUAAUAAAUACUGAGAAGCAUAUGCGAAGUUAUACAAUGAUGAAGUAUUUUAUAUGCAAUGAGCACUUUUCACCUGUCUUUCAAUAAAAAAAAACAUCUUGAAAA